AAAGUAUCGCGGCGGUCGUCGGUAGUGCGAAUAAGGUGCGUAUUUUCUCCGUACCAUCCGUCGUCAUUCACGACUCUCGGUUUGCUGCUUCACUCACCAGAGUAGUUGAUAGUGGCUAGUGGUGUAGCCUUGCUGCGUUUUUUUUUUUCAUUUCACUGUGCUCGAUAGUGGUCAUUCCGGAUCUACUGCCGGGUUAAAGUUGCAAAAACGUUGUGAUUUCUGGCGAUUUUACCAGGAUUGCGUUGAGAAGAGCUUUGUGACAGUGAGAUGGGGUACACUGGGAUCUGUCAAAAGUGGAGUUGAAAUUCCAGCUGGAUGUGUGUUUUUUUUUGGCUUGCUUUGUGAUGACGGAAAUUAUGUGCUGGUGAAGCUUUGGUUCGGAUCAGGAAAAUAGCCUUGAGUUGGAGUUUUCGAAGAAGUAGUGAGAUCAAGGUCUCAGUGACUGCUGAGUGAAAUAAGGGAGGGAGAAAAACCCCCAUUGGAUUUUCUGAACGGUGAAUAGACGCAGACUUCCGGUGGAGUUGUUGAGCGAGAUUCCAUCCAGAUACAAAACAGAAACAUCAUCCCACUCGGCGCUUAUCAACAAUGUAUCCAUCGUAAGCCGCCCAGUCGAAGGAACAGCGUUCGUGUGACUUUUUUUUUCCGCAUCUACCAACCGCGUGAUGCAUCGACGUACGACGCCGCGCAGCAUCACACAACGAAGAACAACCCAGUUGACAGGGGUUGACAUUCCGCGAGUGUGCGAUCAAAUAGCAUUUAUUCACGUGGUUCAGUGCGACGAGCCGAAGUAAUCGAAAUUAUUUCAAUUCUUUCAGUGCGUCUCCACUCUCCAGUCAGUUGUCGGUAGCCUAUGUGUGUAUAUGCGAAUGACGGUGAAUGAAAUCGAAUCGCGCGCCUAGAAACGAAUAGUGUACGAAGAAGAAGAAGAAGUGAUUAUCAUAUUUUGCAGUCAACAUUAAGCCCUUCUACGCGGUUGGCAGUCUCAGCUCAGUGUUGCAUCGCAUUUCAAUAUCGUAGGUAGUGUGCGGGCGCGUCGCGAUCGAACAACCGAAGAGUGUAAACAACGUCAACAACAGAUCCGCGGCAGCGCGCUGUCGAGAAGCAGAGUGAAGCAGCUGCAGCAGCAACAAUAAUAACAGUGGUUAUGAAGGUCCACCGGAGAGGAAUGUGUUUUAUUAUGUGAAUGGGCGUUGCGCUGCUCGCCAUACUCGAGAGUCUCACAAUCGCUCGAAAGUCUCAAGUUCUGAAAAGCGCGUGAAAAAUCACCUUCGUCUGUGUUGUAACAAUAUAGCACGAAGCAUUGGAGUAGUGUGUUUUUUUUUUAUUACGACGACAACAGCGUCUUGGUUGGGUGAAUCUGUUUGUUGUUUAUCUCCAAUCGAAGUGAGUGAAACGAAGAUUCUGAUCAGCUGCUUGGAAGGUAGUGGAAGAUCAAUAUUAGCAGGCUUCCGAGUGGCGUGUUAAUAGUGCUACUAAUCGCUCUAAUCAACAGUCCUGCACUCGAGGAUCGCGCGGAAGUAUGCUUGUUGUUAUUGUUUGGCCUACUGAUAAGUGCAUAGGUGAAAAGUGUUUUUGAAGCGAAAAUAGCAGUCAAUGUCAGGGCUAAUUCUGUUCGUUUUCCGAUGUACAGCAGUAUUGUAAUCGGAUUGUACCUAGUGUGAUCGCUGUUCUGAUCGGGAUCAAAAUGCGUCGAACAAGUCGAAAUUCGUUCAAUUUUGACUUUUCCCUAAGGAGGCUACUGUUGCAAGGUGCACGAGCGGCCAGGGGAAGUCCCCCGCUGGGGCAGAGGCUGUGUGAUGUAGAAAAGGGAAGCGGUAGCGGUGGAGGUCCCAGUGGAAGCAACAGCAAACAUGACAAAGGUGGAUCGUCCGGUAGUGGGAGUCAUAAGCACAAUUCCGAUUCCACUUCGCAACAUUCGGCCAACUCACCGGGCAACCUGGACCGAGGCAACUCCACCUCAAAACUUACGCCAAAUAGUCAUAAGUCAUCGAAUAGUCUGCACAGCAAAAGUACGGCCGGAUCCGGUUCCGGAGUGGCAGCCAGCACCAAAUCACCGGAGGAAUGCCCGCUCUGCUACGACAGCCUUCCGGCCGGGGAUGAAUUUUUCUCGUUGCUAAACUGCCGGCACUACGCCUGCCGGGGCUGCCUGGAGAACUACCUGAUGAUCGAAAUCUCCGAAAGCCGAACGGACAUCAGCUGCCCGCAGUGUCCGGAAUCGAUGCACCCGACUGACAUCCAAACGCUGCUGAAGGCGUUCCCCGCUGCCAUAACCAAAUACGAAGACUUUAUGGUGCGUCGGGUGCUGCUGGCGGAUCCGGACUCGCGCUGGUGUCCGGGACCGGACUGCAGCUAUGCCGUCGUUGCCAGUGGGUGCGCUUCCUGCCCGCGGAUACGCUGCGAACGACCCGGAUGCGAUGUACAGUUCUGCUACCACUGCAAGGCCGAGUGGCAUCCGGAUCAGACGUGCGACGCCGCCCGAGCGUCCCGCCAGAGUCCCACCAGGGCACCGUCCGGUAGUAUAAGUCAUGGUUCACACCAUAAGGACGACAUCAAACCAUGCCCCCGCUGUCAGGUUCUGAUCGUCAAGAUGGACGACGGUUCGUGCAACCACAUGGUUUGCGCCAUCUGUGGGUCCGAAUUCUGCUGGCUCUGCAUGAAGGAGAUCAGCGAUUUGCACUAUCUGAGCCCUUCCGGGUGCACCUUCUGGGGCAAGAAACCUUGGUCCCGGAAGAAGAAGCUGCUGUGGCAGCUGGGGACCCUGGUCGGGGCACCGCUAGGGAUUGCCCUGGUGGCCGGCAUUGCCGUGCCGGCGAUGAUUAUAGGAAUUCCGGUCUGGGUCGGGAGAAAAAUCCACACACGCUACAAAGCAGCCGGGAAGCACAAACGAAAUCUGGCCGUGCUGGGAGGAGUAACGGCAUCGGUCAUCGUAUCGCCGGUGUUGGCCGGGUUAGCCGUCGCAAUUGGGGUACCGAUUCUGCUGUUCUACGUGUAUGGUGUCGUGCCAGUAUCGCUGUGCCGUGCCGGGUGCGGUGAAGGGACCAAAUUCGAGUUCGACGAAGAAGAGGACAACGGAUCGCGGAAUCAUGAUGCCACCAGUGUCGAUGCCGUGUCCCGUAUCGGGGCCACCAGCAUAGGGGAAGUUAGUCUGAGCGUGGCAAGCGGAAGCCAUCUGGGUGUCAGCAGUCAACAUUCGAACUUUGGCGUCGUGACGAAUCCGUCGACGCGCGAAUCGACUACGGCUCUAGCCGGCAGUAUAACGGGCCACCGCUUGGAAGUGCAGGCCGACAUCAGCACUUCGGAAACGGCGUCCGCUGUGACAUGCGUCAGCGAAAAAUCCGGCAACACGCUGAAUGAUACCGCUUCGACGAAAGCCCUGGCAGGUUCGAUACUCAGCUACCGGGCUCAGCAGAUGGCCACGGAUUCCGCUUGCUUCAGUGCUUCCGAAGAUGGCGCCUCGGAGCGGGUGCGGUUUGAUAACACGGUUUGUUAUGUCAUCGAUGGCGGCAGUGCGGGUUCCGGUGGCAACAAGAAAGAUUCCUGUGAUAUCUGGUAUACGGUCCCAUUGGAUCAGGACACGGCAGCGGACAAGGCUAGCCUGGGCAGUGGCCGUUCGUUUCGCAGCUCGGAGCGAUCAUUUCGGGACGAUUUCGAUUCGACCAGCCUGUCGUCAUCGCACAACACUGGCAACAUCACCUGCAGUAGCCAUCACAGCCACGGCGCGAUAGGAACCAAUCCGGGCGGCGGUGGCGCAGGUGGAGGCAGUGGCACGUCCAUUGCGUCCGGUACCAAACAUCCGCGUAUCAAUGCAUUUGGCACACGCAUUCCAAAGCUGGGAUCGGCAGCGCUCCAGCACCGGACGCUUUCGAUCGAUAGCAAUACCGGUUCGUACAACAUCCCAGAGAACGUCAGUAUGGAACAGGAGCUGGAGGAACUUGAUCAGCAGGAGCAGCAAUCGUUGUCUUCGCUGACGCAGUCACCAAAGGGGCAACAACUGACCACUGCGACGGCGACGACGACGACGACAAUGACGACCAGCAGCAGUGGGGACAAAAGCGCAGCACCGAACAAGGCGGAUGAUCCGCCCAAGUCUAGGACUCACAUUCUAAGGAAUCUGUUUUUCGCACAAACCGCUCCCGGCGCGGGAUCGCGGGAAAAUUCGACGGGAACUCCAUCGAAAACGGCAUCGUUAGUCAACAGCGGUAAACAACGUUGAAAACAAUCACAGCAAGAAAAAUCGUACGUACGGUAACAGUAGUGAAACAAAAAAAUAAAACAAUAGAAUAUACAAUCCGGUUCCGUUUGAAACGGAGCACACCCGCGCAGCUAGUGGAAUGACGAUUAAACAAAACUGACAAAUCCGGGAACGUAGAAUACCUAGAUACAAACUAACAAACAAACAAAUGUAAAAUUGUAUUUAUUUAAUAGAAAUCGACUACAUUUACUUCCGGCACGGCAGCGAAGAACAAACAGAAGAAGAAAAAUAAGACUGCAAGUAGAUGAAAGAAGGCGCAGCAAAAAGGCACAAAUGCGGAAAACAGAUUUUUGUACUAGUUUAGAUAGAAUCGACUACUGACAACAAACUGUCAGGCGAAGGCGAUGAAAUGAGAUCUUAGUGAUUCGAAUUUGUAAUCCCAAAAAGCAGACACACACACAAACACUCAUACAGAAAAAAAAUACAAACCGUGACAUUUAUACCUUUUAGCCAAAUUAAAAAAAGGAAAAUCGAAGUUAAAUGUUAGAACAGAACAGAUGAGUCCAUAAUUUAUGCAUUACUCCUUAUUAGAAAUGUAAUUCACGAGAAAGGAAGCCAACCAGCAUAGAGAGGAGUAGUAAGGUUGCCUUUCAACAAAAUGAAUUAAAAAAAAAUACAAAUAAAUUAUCAGAAACGAUUUACCAGUAGAUUGGAAUAUUGUUAGUACCAAUUCAAGAGUAACGCAAACGGGAAUCAGUGAGUAGCGAUUCUAGUGACAACCCUAAUUAUUACACUUAUUACGAGAAAGGUAGGUCUUUUUUUGUAUUCACAUUUUUUUUUUAUUUAAUCAAUGUUCUAGUGAGUGAAGAGUCAGACAUCGGACAGAAGGCCCAAAGGAGAGCUAGUUUUAAGUCCAUAAGUGAUAUCGCAUCAAUACAGAGUACUCUCUCUUGGAAUGAAUAA